GUCGGAUUUUGAUUUAUUGGCCUUGAGUCUCUUAUCAAAUAAACUCUACAAGACUCAUAAUGGCUUCAUCAAAUAAACCGACAGUUUUAUUCGUCCACGGCGCUUUCCACGGACCAGAUUGUUUCGACGCGCUAAUCUCUCCUCUCAAAGCAGCCGAUUAUUUUGGUUCGAUAAAAAAUAACUUGAAGCUUCCAAGCGCAGAACUGAAUUCCUCGAGCAGUUUACAACAAGAUAUUGACGUUCUGCGAGCUGAGGUGUUGAAAGUCUUGGACGGUCCUACUGUUACCAAUGGGCCGCGAGGAGGAUCGGAUUGUGUGGUGGUCAUGCACUCAUACGGCGCGGUCCCGGCAGCCGAGGCUCUUCGGGGUCUAGGUCGGAGUGAAAGAGGAGUUGGUAAUACAGCGGUAGUGAAGAUGGUGUAUCUAUCGUGUAAUAUUCCCAAGGCAGGGGACAGUCAUGUCGGUCAGCUGACUGCAUGGAUUGCAGAGAGAGGGUUAUCGGCUGAUCUGCCUCUUGAGCCACUCGACAACGGGAUAUUGAAGUUUACCGGUGCCGCAGACGUAUUUUACAAUGGACUUCCUGAAGAUCAGCAGGCCUCUUUAAUAGCAAGUCUAAGCACCCAAUCAGCAGCGGUAUUGACAACACCGCUAAAGGGCUCUGUUGGAUCUAUGGCAUACGACGAGAUUCCAGGAUGGUAUCUCCUUUGUAAAAAUGAUAAUAUCUUACCAGAAGCGUUUCAAAGAGAGUGUAUAAGAGUGGUCAGAGAUGGCAUGGAAAGAGUAGAGGAAGUAGAUGCUGGACAUAGUAGUUUCAUGGUUGUGCCUGAGAUUGUCGCUGAUUUUAUAUUACGAGCCGCUAAGAGCGGGAAUUCACAACGGGGAACUCAACAUCAUAUCAUAUAACUACAGGUAUAUCAAAGUACAUCAUAACAAAAACAUCGAAAAAUCACAAAACCCAUCGGCAAACAGAUAUUAAGAAGCUGUGAUAGUAACGGCAUUCAUCACGAUCACAUACUCCAGUAACCCG